GUGGUUGAAUCUAUGUUUUAAAUUCACUGCUCGACUGAGGGACCUUUACAGAUAAUUAUAUGUGUGGGGUACAGAGACGAGGUAGAGAUUUUAAAAAAUCAUGUUAAACACUAUUGCACACAGAAAGAGUCCAGAUAACUUAUGUGACUUGUUAAGCAAUUUUUUACACCUGAACAUUAUUUAGGAUUCCCAUAACAAAGGGGUUGAAUACUUAUUGACUCAAUACAUUUCAGCUCAAAAAGAAACAUUCCACUUUGACAUCAUGGGUUAUUGUGUGUAGGCCAGUGACAAAACAUAUCAAUUGAAUCCAUUUAAAAUUCAGGUUGUAACACAACAAAAUGUGGAAAAAGUCCAGGGGUGUGAAUACUUUCUGACAGUACUGUACAUACUAGCUUCUAGAAGUAGGUGAAGACCUGAGGAUCGAAACGUGGUCACCAAAGCACAUGGCAGCAUAUAUUGCAGUGAGUCUUUAUGCCAAUUGUCAAGACACUUUUAUCCAAAGCAAUUUACAGACUUGAAUGCAGAUGUUUCAGUAUAUGUGAUCCCCGUAGUAUUUGUCUGGUAAUAUGAUCAGUCUUCUACUGUUAUGUUUAAUUACUUUUGAUUUCUUAAUCUGCCUUAUAUUCUAACAAGGUACCUGCAAUCAUCACGUCAACCUCACUUUAUUUGACUCCUAUUUCAUUUCUGGCUAAUUUUGAGGCCACCUUAUUGUCCUGGCUGCUUGGUUCAGAUGACCCUUCUCAGGUUGAACGCAGGUCUCUAGUAGACCCCUCCUCCUCUGAUGUCACAGGGAGAUGACUGGGAAGUUUGAGGACAUUAUUUAAGGGGCCAGCUCUCUCUGGAGGUUCAGAUGUGAUCCAAGGAAUACUACACACUUCCAAUGAAUAGCACCUUUUUCCUUCCCCCUGCAAGAAUUUGCCAUAUGGAAUCUUAGAUCUCAAGGAAACCGUAUUCUACAAAUUGUCUGUAAGGUGUUUGGGUCAUCAUGCCAAUUUUGUUUGCUGUUCUACACCUGUUAGGCAUUCUGUCUCUGACAUGCAGAGCAUCUGGAUCUGACUCAAGUGUUACCACCCCCAUCACCUGUACGACCCGUGGGGCAGACCUGACGGAGGAGAAGCAGUUGGUCCUCUGUCCACCUAACUGCACCCUCUGGAGGGUGUCUGUGUUUGGUUCUCGGGUGUACGCCGCCGUGUCCAGCGUGUGUGGCGCAGCCGUGCACCAGGGGGUGAUAAGGUCCUCGGGGGGACCAGUGAAGGUCCACAAACUGCAAGGCAGACAGAACUACCUCGGCUCCUACUCCCAUGGAGUCCAAUCUCAGGCCCUGUCCAGGUGGACCGCAUCAUUCACUGUGGCCCAAUCUGUUCAUGUGCCCCAGGAGGUGUCCUCCCAGAUAGCCACAACUGUCCUCCCUGCACCAGGACCAGUGAAGAAAACAUUAAAGAAGCCGGUGAAGAAAAUGACUACAGGAGGAAAUAGAGACUGCCAGAUGGAGAUAGCCCUGCUGCUGGAUAGCAGCAACAACAUUGGGCAGCGUCGCUUCAACCUUCAGAAGAACUUCAUCAGCAAGUUAGCGGUGAUGCUAAAGAUUGGACCGAAUGGACCACAUGUUGGUGUGGUGCAAGCUAGUGACACACCUCGGACAGAAUUUAUCCUGACUAACUAUACUCAACCCAAAGAUGUGGUGUUUGCCAUCAAAGAGAUAGCAUACCUGGGAGGCAACACUAACACAGGUAAGGCCAUCAUGCACACGGUGGAGUCCUUCUUCCAGACGGGGGUGAGGAGAGGUCACCCCAGGGUCAUAGUGGUGUUUAUAGAUGGCUGGCCCUCAGACGACCUGGAAGAUGCGGCCGUGCUGGCCAGAGAGUCUGGUAUCAACGUGUUCCUGGUGCCAGUGGCCAAGCCUGCCCUGGAGGAGCUAGGCAUGGUCAGAGACAAGGACUACAUGAAGAAGGCAGUGUGCAAGGACAACGGCUACUUCACAUACGCCAUACCCAGUUGGUUCGGCACCACCAAGCAUGUGAAGCCCCUGGCCCAGAAGUUGUGCUCAGUGGACCAGCUCCUCUGCUCCAAGACCUGCUACAACUCGGUCAACCUGGGCUUCCUCAUUGACGGCUCCAGCAGCAUCGGGGAGGGGAACUUCCGCCUGAUCUUGGACUUCAUUACCUCUGUGGCCCGUAGCUUCGACAUCUCAGACAUAGGGUCACGUGUUGGGGCAGUCCAGUUCACCUAUGACCAGCGGAUGGAGUUUAACAUGUACGACUACCCAGUGAAAGAUGAUGCCCUCAGGGCCUUGCAGGGGAUCCCCUACAUGAGUGGGGGCACGGCCACGGGAGACGCCGUUGCCUAUGCUACCCAGAACCUGUUCCUGGCCCGCAAGGCUGGCCCUGGGAGGAACUUCCUCAUAGUGGUCACUGACGGACAGUCCUACGAUGACGUCAGAGGGCCGGCCCUGGCUGCCCAGAAGGAAGGGAUCACCAUCUACUCUGUGGGGGUGGCCUGGGCUCCAAUGGAUGACCUGCAAACUAUGGCGUCAGAGCCCAAGGAUAGCCACACAUUCUUCACCAGGGAGUUCACUGGCCUGCAGCAGUUCCAGCAGCCCCUUGUAAGGGGCAUCUGCAGGGACUUCACUGAGGCCAACUAGGGAGAGGUAGCAGAGAGAAGCUGUUUGGGCUCGCUGAAAACAUCUAGAUGGUACUUUAUUUUACAGUACAGAAAUGACCAGGUAUUUACUGAGAAAUAAAAUGGUUACUACAUAGUAAUAACCUAUAAAUUACUUGAUUGUUUCUUUGGGAUUCAUUCAAUCAAGUGCCACUCGGCACCCGAUGGUUGUAAUUCUUCAAAGUAGCUAUCAGUUUUACCAAAUGAUUUUCUAUUAAAUACCAGUGCAAACACAAACAAUACCGUAAAAAAUAAAGUGCUAGUCACUGUUCAACACAACCAGAGUACAGCAGAAGCUAACAAGGCAAUAGCAUUGUAGUUUUCUGAGAACUCGUGAACCUAUCAUAGAUCAUCAAGUUGGAUAUUACCUUACUCAACUAGUCUGAUAUCAUUAUUCUCAAUAAUAGACCAUAUUCAUCCAUAGGUUCUCAAAGAUGUGACUAGUUUGGAAUAUUGCACUAUUCAUGUUUUAUCCAAUGUGUAUCGUAACUAUUAUGAAAUACAUUAAGGUAGUUUGUAUUUCUUGAACAAUCCAAAGCAGGCAAACCAGAAACAUGUUGCCUAUAGACCAAGGUAUUCCUUCGCUUUCACCCUCAUCAACUAUACACUUCUCUGCUUGAUAUGGCUUGUAGUCAUAUGUAUGUUAGUUAAAAGGUAAGGGGAUGAUAUUUAGGGAAUAAAAGUACCAAUAAUUAUUUCCUAGGCCACAACUGCUGAUGCUAAGCUUCUAUGUUACCAACAACAGAACGCUUUCCCAAAGCCAGUUUCUCUUGUAUACUGUACCAUACUUAUAGUACAUUUGCAUGUUGACCUGUACUUUAUAAAUUACUUUUUUUAAUGAU